GCUGCAAAUGGCUCUAUGUGCUGUCCAAAGGGCGGUAAACACCCUCUUACCCCUUUUUAGUAUGCCUUCGCCUGCCUGAUGCCCUCUUACUUGCUUUUUGAAUCUUCCAACUUCUUCCGUGGGAUUCAUCUUCAAACUGUUUUUGGGCUGCCAAUCCGGUAGUUUAUGGUUUACGCUGAGCACCACUGCAAAAAGACAUUUUUGAGGUUCCCCUUGCCAAGUGUGACCCCUGACACAGAGAGGAUGGUGAUGGAGGAGAGGGGCCGGACAGAGAGAAGGAGGGGAGAUCCACCGGCCACGGAAGCAGCCAGAAGGCAGAUCCUGGUGGAGCUUGCGGAUCAGGACUUUGACGCCAUUUGUCUCUCGACAUAUCGAACAGCCUGCAAGCUGAGAUUCAUCCAGAAGAGAUGUAACUUGCAUCUCAUCGACAUAUACAACGUGAUUGAAGCAGUGCGUGACGCUGGUCUGAAUGCAGUGGAAUUGAAUACUGGCAUAUCUGUGACCAGGCUGGAGAACCUGGUGUCCUCCCUUUUCAACCAGCUCAGCAAGCGCCUGCCUACCACACACCCAAUUAAGCCACGAGAGAGUACUGUCCUGUUUGUUGAUUUCAUACUAGCCGCCAUUGAGAGCGAACCAGAGAGCCGGCUGACGGUGUUCUCAAUAAAGGCAAUUCUGGCUGUGCUAUGUGGAGGGAACUUAGUGGACAAACUCCGCUAUGUGUUUUCUCAGGUCUCAGACUCCAGCGGUGUGAUGGUCCUGUCCAGAUUUGACCAUUUUCUGUUAGAAGCCCUCAAGUUGCCAUCAGCUGUGCAUGAAGGGCCGUCCUUUGGCUACACAAACAACAUGGUCCGCUCCUGCUUCCCACAACAGAAGAGGGUGAUGCUCAACAUUUUCCUGGACAUUGUAUCUGACCCUCCUCCUUGUCUUGUGUGGCUGCCCCUCAUGCAUCGCCUUGCCAAUGUGGAAAAUGUCUACCAUCCCGUCUCUUGCUCGUACUGUCGUAGCAACGGUAUGACCGGCUUCCGCUAUCGCUGUCUCCGUUGCCGAGGGUACCAACUCUGCCAAAAUUGCUUCUGGCGUGGCAAUGUCAACGGCUCUCAUAGCAACCAGCAUCAGAUGAAAGAGCACUCAUCCUGGAAGUCGCCUGCGACCAAGCUGGGCCGAGCCCUGGGCAAAACUCUGGGUUGUGUAUCGUCCAGGGAACCCUCCCACCCAGUUUACCCAGAAGAACCUGAGAGGACCCUAAAUCUCGCAAAUAUAGUCCCUGCUCAACCUAUUGGGAUUCCAAGACCGGCCAUGCCGCUGUCUUCAUCAGCACCAGAGUCCUCCAAGAGCAGUUUGGCAGCAGCUCAUCGCAUGAAUGAGGAACACGCUUUGAUCGCCGCUUAUGUGAAUUGCCUCCAAAGCAGCCCACGCAGCAUACCCAGCCCCGGGAGGCAAGAUGAUGAACACAAACUUAUCGCCCGCUACACUUCUCGAUUGGCAGAGACUGAAAGCUCAGGGGUGAUACCCACUCGAAGCAUCAACUUUGAUGUAAACAAGCAGAAGAGGGAGCUCAUCGCUCAGCUGGAAUCCAAAAACAGAGAGAUUUUGGCAGAGAUCAAGCGUCUCCGCUCAGAACAUGAUGCCGUGUGCCAGCCCAGUCCCGAAAAGGGCAGCGCCAAUCCGACUCUGUUGGCCGAGCUUCGCCUGCUCAGACAGAGGAAAGAUGAGCUGGAGCAGAGGAUGUCAUCUCUGCAAGAGAGCAGGAGAGAACUGAUGGUCCAGCUGGAGGGACUGAUGAAGCUACUCAAGGAUGAGGAACAGCGACAGGCAGCGCAGGCUGCGGGGUCCUCACAUUCUUUUCCGUCCCGGCCGAGCCCUUCACCAGCCCGCUCAGUUGGUACCGCGUCUCCACAAAUGUAUUCAACCCAAGACUCCCUUGCUGGUGUGGGUGGAGAUGUACAAGAGGCUUUUGCCCAAGGCCCCAGGAGAAAUUUAAGGAAUGACCUUCUUGUAGCAGCUGACUCCAUUACCAACACUGUGUCCUCACUGGUCAAAGAGCUUCAUUCUGCAGAUGAAGGUCGAGAGGAAGAGGAGAGAUUGCUAAAUGGAAAAGACAGAGCAGGUUAAAUUUUCAUCACGAACAAAUACAAACAUAAAUUGGACGUAUUGCCACUCUCCUCAGGCAGUGUGGUGUUUCAUCCCAGCCAAAGAAGAAGCUAAAAUGGAGACAAGAAACCCAGUGGUGAUUGGAACACAUGGCAAUAAUAUAAACACAUAUUGCUGGACAGGACCCAAAACUGCAGUCCAUUUACUGAUGUAUAGCUCUGAAUUAGUGUUUGUCUUGUCACUGUGAUUGUACUUUUUGUGUUGACAUAAUCGAGCAUCGCUAAAUAAGGAACCUGAAGCCUACUGAUUUUUACCCAAGCAUGCGUGUGUGUGUGUGUGCGCUUAAGUGUUUUUAUUUUGUUGUUGUUUUUUUUAGAAGGGUCAAGUAAGUGAGAGAGGGUUGUGUGAAGAGGAGGCAGAUGCGUUUGUAAGCUUCAAUUCGAUGGAGAUAAAGGAUGUGAAAGAAGACAGAACAAUCAAAGAAGGCCGACUGGUAAAAAGAUGAGAUGAAAUGACUAAGUUUUAGCACUGUGUGCUUUGGAUUUAUUUAUUUUUUGCUUUUGUUGUGUGAGUUAAUCUGUAUAUUCGAGUGGUCGCGUCCUGCUGAGACAGAUCUGGAACGGGACGUUUGCUGCCGCUGCUGUGUUUAGGCGAUGUGAAUAACUCCACGGGUGCUCGUAUUCUAGCGGCUCGGCUGACUGUCCAGGUACUGAAUUGAGAAACGACAGUGGCGUGUGUUUGAGAAAGAGGUUGAAUAUAUAUUCAAGUGUUUUUUAUGCGAGAGCAAAGUGAAAGGAGACAUGAACCCAAUAACCACUGCCUUAAAGACAGACCUGCGUUUUUUUUAGAAAAAACACAUCUCUGUCAUUUUUCCCCACUUUAAGGAUCAAAUCCUAUUGAAACUUUAUUUCCAUACAUUCAAUUGAAACCUUACAACUCAGCUUUCUCUCUGCUUAUGGACAGAAUGUUUCUUAUUCCAUUCAGCAGUCCAAAAUGGCUCCUCACACUUUGUUACUUGACUGCCUUUUUUCAUUUCAAGCUGGCUGAACAAAGCAGUGGAUUUGUGGGAAGGAUUCAGUUCACUGUGGACUUUAAGCCACCAAAACAAUAUCGGAGCACAACGCCUGGCUGCGUGUGCAAACACUGAACCAAAGAAUCAAGUUUGUGUCCAUUCAGUCAUUUAAAGCUGCAGUCAUGUAAAUCUCCAAUACCGACUGACUGAUUAUUUUCAGCUAUUCGAUUGUAUCCUCUUCACAAAGGCCAUUUGCACAUUGGCACGUCUGAUAGUCCUGUUCCAUGGCCCAGAUUUGUGACUCACCGGAAUUGCUAUAACACCUUAAAUAGAACAGGGCCAUGGUUAUUAAUGUUAUCUUUCACACGCUAUGAGAUACGCAAAUGGCCUCUGUGAAGACCGCCUCGCAACGCUGACAGGGUGGAUGCAUCCUUACUUGAAACUGUAAAUGCCGUCAGUGCUGAACAUGUGUGCGCGAUGUGUUUGAUCCGCAAUAAAUUCUGUUUAUCGUCAAACUGGA